AGAGGGAGGAUAAAUUGAGGAUUGCCAACUUGAGUGGUUGUGACAUAUUUUGUAUCUACUUAAAAAAGCUCCCCUUUCACGAUAGUGCAUUAUUUUAGUGAGCAGAAUAGGGAGAGUCAACUAAAAAUUAACAUCACCUACUAUAAUUGUUAAUGAUCUAGUUGUUUUUAGAUCUCCUAUAUCUAGUAAUAUAUCGAAUGGAACGAUGAAAAAUGAUUCAUGUAACAAAUCUCGAACUUAGUGGCGAAUGAGGCUGAGUUUGUUUUCAUUGUUGUGUUGCAUGAGCAGAGUGGAACUUUGUGGAGAGUUUUAGCAAAUUUUUAGAAGAUAAUUCGAUGUAUAAGGAUAAAAAUUGAAGGAAAAUUGAUAAGACAUGUACAACCACCAUAUUGAUCAGAGUUUGCAUAUGGAAACAACUUGUGGUUCUCUUAUAUCUGAGCUACAGAAAAUAUGGAAUGAAGUUGGGGAGCCGGACAAGGAAAGGGACAAAAUGCUUUUUGAACUUGAACAACAGUGUUUAGAUGCAUAUAGAAGAAAAGUGGACCAGGCAAGCCACUUCAGAGCUCAGCUACGGCAAGAAAUUGCCAACUCUGGGGCAGAACUUGCUUGCAUCUCGGUAACAUUGGGAGAGCAACCUGUUCAAAAUAAGGCAGAGUUUUAAAAGCUUGAAGAAAGAGCUUCAAGCAGUUAUGUCGGGGCUAGAAGAGAUGAGAAGGAAACAAAUUGAGAGAAAGAAUCAAUUUACGGAGGUUCUGAAACAAAUACAUAGUACCUCAAACGAGCUGCGUGGAUCCGCAGAAGAGUAUCGGCAUACAAUUGCUAACGAGGAAAGUGAUUUGUCAUUGAACUGAUUAGAAGAUUUACAUAAUCAGUUGCUAUCACUGCAAAAAGAGAAGAGUGAUCGUCAGAAGCUGGUGCUCAGCCAGUUGAAUUCUCUGAAAUCUCUAUGUAUGGUGGUUGGGAUAGAUUACAGAUUAAUUAUUCACGAGAUUCAUCAAAGUUUGGACGAUUCAUGUGGUCCUAAAAGUAUAAGUGAAGAUACAAUUGAAAGAUUGUCUGCCACUAUCAAUAGACUUGAAGAUGUGAAGAUCCAGCGCUUGCAAAGGCUUCAAGAUCUUGCCACAACCAUGGUAGAGCUCUGGAAUUUGAUGGAUACACCAGUUGAGGAGCAAAAAAUGUUUCAGAAUGUUACAAAAAAUAUAGCUGCCUCUGAAGCUGAGAUAAUUGAGCCGAAUAUUCUCUCUAUGGAUUUCAUUAAUCAUGCUGAAGCAGAGGUUUUGAGGCUGCAAGAAAUGAAAUCGAGCAAAAUGAAGGAGGUUCUCUUGAAGAAGAGAUCAGUUUUAGAGGACAUAUGCAGGGCGUCACACAUUGUUGUUGGGGAACAGAAUUCAAUAGAUUUUUCUAUUGAAACUAUAGAGUGUGGAACGAUUGAUCCAUUGUAUCUACUGAAACAACUGGAGAUUCAUAUUUCCAAGGUUAAAGAGGAAGCUUUUAGUAGAAAAGAUAUAGUUGAAAAAUGGUUGGCUGCUUGUGAAGAGGAGUGCUGGCUGGAGGAGUAUAAUAGGGAUGACAAUCGUUAUAAUGCUGGGAGAGGUACCCAUCUUAUGCUAAAGCGUGCUGAGAAAGCUCGAGCUCUUAUUAGCAAAAUUCCAGGGAUGGUGGAAACAUUGAAGUCUAAAUUGAAAGCUUGGGAGAAAGAAAGAGGUUUUGAGUUCUUGUAUGAUGGUGUUGGUCUUGUCUCUAUGCUCGAAAAGUACCAUGUCUUAAAGCUGCAGAAAGAGCAAGAACGUCAAAGGCAGAGGGACCAGAAGAAGCUUCAAGGACAGUUUAUAGCAGAGAAGGAAGCACUUUUUGGAUCAAAACCGAGUCCAUCACACAGUGGGAAGAAGAAUUCUAGACCUUCAACAGGAGGUGUGACCGAUAAGAGACUUUCUUUAGGAGGGACAGUUCUUCAAAAUGCAUAUACAAAGAAAGCUGGUCUCUCGUCGCAUUCUCAUAUGAAGCAGCAAACUUCACGCAGCCAUAACCAAAGUGGUUUUAGCAAUCACUCUUCUGUCAAGAACAACAAUUCCGGUGGGAAUUCAUCAAAUUUACAAUCAACGCUGAUUCGGAAGCCCUUGUCUCCUCUAUCGCCGAAUGUCGACCCUGCUAAUAUUCAGGAUCAGAAUGUGACAAGUGCAGAACUCCAGGAUAUGCAAAAUGUUUAUAAAACCCCAGUGGUAAGUCCAAAGAAGAAUGUUUCCAAUUUUAAUGAAAGCAGAACUCCAAAAACCAUGCCAAUCGCAGCGCUGGAAACUCCACCAACAGCGUCGAUCAAAAUGCAGACAGUAAUGACUCCGGCGACACCUUUCUGUACUGAAGAUGUUGAGUAUUCUUUCGAGGAAAGACGAGCUGGUUUCAUCAGUCCUAAGCUACAUGUAAUGUCCUCGCGGCCACGAGUUUAACCUAUUAGAAGUCGACUUGGAUCAUGAGCCUCCCCAUUAGUCCAAGAUUUUCAUUUGUGAUUAUGCUUGUUACUAAGUUUUCUCUACUCCCAUAUGCCUCGUAGUUUAACCAUUCGGAUUCUUGUUCGGGUGACUUUUUUGGCUUCUAUUGACUUCUAUUUUAUGG